GCUUCCAAGAUGGCGGAGGGGGCGGCGCCAUCUUGUUACCUAACGUCAGGCGGUGAGAGUUGAGAGGAGGAGAAGGAAGGAAGGAGGAAGGAGAGAGGCGGCGGGAAGAUGGCCGAGAGCGAGCGGCAGGCCGGGGAGCCUUCGGGGCCUCAGGAGGACAGCCAGGCGGCCCCUCGGAAAGAAUCCCCUGAGGAGGCCAUUCUUCCCCUGGGCCAGAAAUUCAUGAUCCCCAAAAAGGAAAUCAACAUGGUUCCCGACAUGGCAAAAUGGAAACGCUCCCAGGCUUAUGCAGAUUAUAUGGGCUUCAUUUUAACCCUGAACGAAGGCAUCAAGGGCAAGAAACUGACCUGCGAAUAUAGAGUCUCAGAGCCAAUUGAGAAGCUGGUGUCCCUCCUGAACACUUUGGACCGGUGGAUCGAGGAGACCCCUCCGGUGGACCAGCCCUCCCGCUUUGGGAACAAGGCCUUCCGGACAUGGUACGCCAAGCUGGACCAGGGGGCAGAGGGCCUGGUUGCCACUGUGAUCCCCAAAGACCUGGCCGGUGCCGUCCCCGAAGUGGCCGUCUACCUGAAGGAAUCGGUCGGGAACUCCACCCGCAUUGACUACGGGACAGGCCACGAAGCCGCCUUUGCCGCCUUCCUGUGCUGCCUUUGCAAGAUCGGGGUCCUCCGGGUGGAUGACCAACUAGCCAUCGUCUUCAAGGUCUUCAACAGGUACCUGGAGGUCAUGCGGAAGCUGCAGAAGACCUAUCGGAUGGAGCCGGCCGGCAGCCAAGGCGUCUGGGGCCUGGACGACUUCCAAUUCCUGCCCUUCAUCUGGGGCAGCUCUCAGCUGAUAGACCAUCCCAACCUGGAGCCGCGGCAUUUCGUGGACGAGAAAGUGGUAAACGAAAACCACAAGGACUUCAUGUUCCUCGAAUGCAUCCGCUUCAUUACCGAGAUGAAGACGGGCCCCUUCGCCGAACACUCCAACCAGUUGUGGAACAUCAGUGCAGUCCCAUCGUGGUCCAAAGUCAACCAAGGCCUGGUCCGCAUGUACAAAGCGGAGUGCCUGGAGAAGUUCCCCGUGAUCCAGCACUUCAAGUUUGGCAGCCUGCUCCCCAUCCACCCGGUCGCCUCGUAGGAGAAGAGGGAGAAGGAGGCGGCCCCCCGCUUUGGGAGGUGGGACCCCCGGAAGAGGAACCACUGUUCCGGAAAGGUCUCCCACUGAAGAAAGAGCCGGAGCAAGGGGCCCCUGCCUCUCCACCCAAGGGCCCAAAGCGAGAGCCUGGCUCCGGACCACAGCCUCCCCUCGUCGCCCCUUUCGCUCUGGCACGUCCCACACUCUUUGGUUUCCUUCCUCCUUGUCAUUUUGUUCUUAUUCUAAUUAUUAUUAAUAUUUUGUUAAUUUAACUUAUCUGGUGGGGGGAAAGGCAAAGGGCAGUGGAUGCUGGGUUUUGCAAUCCAUAAAGGGGAACGAGGCGGUCGGAAGAGAGAGUCCAUUGGUCAACGCAGUUGGGAGGCCUAGGUCUGUUUUGCUCAGGGUGUGCUUGCUCAUUUGGGACUGCAACUCCCAUCAUCCCCCGUCGUGGCGGAUAAGGAUGCUGGCAGGUGUCUUUCUCCUUCCCGCCCCCCCAAAGUUUUUCAACUUCAUAACAGCAAUAGGCAUCAUUGCACUGUACUGUCAUUGCACUGUAUAUUCCGUGGCAAUGGGAUUUGUAGUUUAGGGGCUGCAUUGGGAAUCGGGAUCCCUUGAAAACAUUAUAGCACUUCUGUUCCACUGUAGCUCCAUAGCAAUGUUUUUCAGGACACUGGGAUUUGAAGUUUAGGCCAAAAGGGAGCCCUUGGGCCUCCCCAAACUACAAAUCCCAUCGUUCUGCCAUUGAAGCAGAGUCAGGAUCCCUUGGAAGCGUUGUAGCACUUCCAUUCCACUCUCGCUCCCAUGGCAAUGUUUUGCGGGACGCUGAGAUUUGUAGUAUAGGCCAAUAGUGAGCCCUUGGGCCUCCCCAAACUACAACUCCCAUCGCUCUGCCAUUGAAGUAGGAUCCCUUGGAAGCGUUGUAGCGCUUCCAUUCCACUCGCUCACAAGGAAAUGUUUUGCAGGACACUGAGAUUUGUAGUAUAGGCCAAUAGUGAGCCCUUGGGCCUCCCCAAACUACAAAUCCCAUCGUUCUGCCAUUGAAGUGGAGUCAGGAUCCCUUGGAAGCGUUGUAGCGCUUCCAUUCCACUCGCUCCCAAUGAAAUAUUUUGCAGGACGCUGGGAUUUGCAGUUUAGUCCAAUAGGGAGCCCUUGGGCAUCCCCAAACUACAAAUCCCAUCCUUCUGCCAUUUAAGCGGAAUAAGGAUCCUUUGGAAGCAUUAUUGCACUUCCAUUCCACGCGCUCCCAUGGCAAUGUUUUGCGGGACCCUCAGAUUUGUAGUUUAAGCCAAUAGGAGCCCUUGGGCCUCCCCGAACUACAAAUCUCAUUGUUCUGCCGUUGAAGCAGAACAUAGCGCUAUCACAAUGUGGAAUCUGGUGCGUAACACUGUCUUUUUUUCUUUCUAUUGUUCAUGCGCCAAAAUGGAGACCGGUUUUGCCAUAUUUGGUCCAUUUGAGGCCUUUUUUAAACACUUAAGGAAAUCAAUUGUACCUUUAGAUGGCUUUUUGGUUAAAUAGGGGAUGAUGGGAGAUGCAGGGCGGAAAAACUUCCUUGUCGCAAAGGCAAUAAACCGAAUUCUGUUGAGUUUUCAGGCCCGGGCAAGACACUCACAGGCGGGCAAAGCGGCAUUAAAUUAAGCAUUAAAAUGGGGAAAACGGUCCGUUUUGUUUUGUUGGGAAACAAUCGGGAAACUCGGCGGGCGCUUUGAGGGAUUUCGGUGGCUGCAAAGCCGGACAUUGAAGUCUCCGAAAAAAAGGCAACUUUUCUCGAAAUGCAGCCUCAUAUAUGCAAAGCCGGGUUAUGUAGCAGACGUUGCUUUUUUUCCUUUUUGUUGUCGAAUCAGAUUGCACUCCUUCCGCUUCCGUUCCGUUCCAAGCCUUCUUUCUUUCUGUUCUGUUUGUCGGUCCCUCCGCCUGCGUUUUGGCCAAGCGCAUGUCCCAGGUCAUCAUCAUCAUACUCCUCCAGGUCGGAAUUAAACACUGUUUUGCAGCCGG